UGUCAAAACAAAUUAUCAACAAACACACGUUUGCGGUGAGUCCGCGAGUCGCGAUUGUGCUGGAGUUGGAUUAGUUUUCACGGAUUUCCCUGCGCUGCAGCUUUCGCUUGUUCGCGAAACAUUUUUCGAAAGUUGUAGGUAGGUACUUAAAUAGUUGACCUUAGGCGGCAAUAAUGAAGUGCCACUACGAAGUGCUGAACGUCGACCGCACUGCGAACGACGAUGAAAUCAAGAAAGCGUACCGAAAACUGGCUCUCCGGUGGCAUCCGGAUAAAAACCUUGAUAGCCCGGAGGAAGCAAAUCAGCAGUUUCUGUUGGUGCAAGCGGCAUACGAUGUGCUGUCCGAUAUGCAGGAACGUGCUUGGUAUGAUAACCAUCGGGAACAGAUUUUACGCGGCGGUCAUACCAACUAUGAGGACAAUUCGUUGGAUCUGUUCCAGUAUUUCACGGCUUCAUGCUACAAAGGAUUCGGAGACGAUGAAGGAGGGUUUUACGCGGUCUACAGAGAAGUUUUCCAUACCAUUGCUUCCGAAGAGAUUGAAUUCUUGGAAAACGAGGAGGACUUUGAGGAGAUACCAAAGUUUGGUAAUUCCGGAAGCGAUUACGAGACGGAAGUACGACUUUUCUAUGCUUAUUGGGAGGGAUACUGCACCAAAAAGAGCUAUGCGUGGCUGAAUCCUCACAACAUUGCUGAGAUCCGAGAUCGAAGAAUCCUAAAAGCGAUUGAGAAGGAGAAUAAGAAGAUACAACAGAAGGCAAGGAAAGAACGAAACGAGGAGAUUCGCUCGCUGGUGAUGUUUGUGAAAAAACGUGAUAAGCGGACGCAAGCGUACAAGAAGCUGCUAGAAGAACGGGCCGAGCAAAAUAGGAUAAAAUCGCAGCAGAACCGAUUGGACCAAAUCAGGCGAAAGCAGAAGGAAAUCGAGGAACAGCAGAAAAACUCUUCAAAUAUUUUCAAUGAGGCUUAUGAGGAGCAAUUGAGGAAAUUGGAGGAAUCGUACGCAGUCGUCUCAGAGGAGUCCUCAGCCGAAGAGGAUGAAAUGAUGCAAGGGAUGGGAGACGCUAUGAACGGAUUGAUUAUAAGCCAAAACGAAGACGGGGAGGAAACCUUCUAUGUCGAUGAUCUCUACUGUGUGGCAUGUGAUAAAAUGUUUAACAAUAAGAAAUCGUAUGAAAACCAUGAGUCUUCUAAAAAGCACAAGCAAAAUGUAGAUGCACUGAGGGAGCAGAUGCGUAAGGAUGAUCAGGAAGCUGCAAAGAAUGGUGAAAAUCUAUCCAACAACGAUGAAUCUGCCCAAGAUGAAGCAAACGAGGUAGAUGAAGAAGAAGAAGAAGAAGUAGCUCAGGCUAAACCCAAAAAAGGCAAAAAUAAGAAAAAGCCUAUAACAAAAAUUCCUUUUUCUGAUGAAGAGGAAGAACAUGUUGAUAUACUGCGACCAACUUCUUCCAAAGCCGAUAGUGAUGACGAUUGGGGCGGUUCUAAGAAACCAAAAAAGGGUAAAGCUAAAGGAAAGGAAGUAGGACAGGGCAAAGUCAAGAAUGAUUUAACAGCCAAAGAAUCUUCUUCGAAAGAUGUUCCCAAACCGGAAACAAACACCGCCAAAUCAACUGAAACGCCUCCUGUAGAAGAGUCCCAAGUUGGCACUGAUGUUGAUCAUAAGUGUGUCACUUGCAAUGAAAAGUUCAAUUCUAAGAAUAAGUUAUUCAACCAUCUCAAGCAAACCGGUCACAGCGUCUACGUUGAUAAACUGAAAGCUCAGCAGAAGACGGAGAGCAAAGGAGGAAAGAAACGCAAAUAGGUGUUGAUAUUAAUUUGGACUCAUCUCACCCUGUAAAUAUCCGGACUGUAUCAUUACUUAUAUUUUAUUAUGGAAUAUAGCAUGAACACCAUCUCCAUA